UUGGCAGCCUUAGAUGUACGCAGGUCAUUGGCAGACCGAGCUUAGUCCACAAUUAAGAGCAAAUAUACAGAAAGACAUCCUCACCGGACGUGAUGCCAAGGGGAAGCUCGGGGGUACAGAGGCGCUCUGCGCGCCAACGCGCAACACCUGCCCCGAGCUUGGCUGCGCAAAGGUCCCUGGUGUGUCUCAUCAAGAGGUGGAGGAGAACCGCAUCCACGAGCAGAGACAUCCUCCUGAUCUCAGACUGUCUAUUGGAAACCUCAGACCUGAUAUCUGCGGCGAGGAGCCCUCAGGAGAAGAGACUGAGCACAGAGAAGGCCCUGCGCACGAGCAGCACGAGCAACCACGCUGCGUGGAGCAGGAAAAGCGGCAGAGAAAGGAGGCGGACGCACAGGAAGAGGGUUAUCACCACUGCGGGGAGACGAUCAGCUGUUCGCCCGAUAAGCAGCAGUCCAAGCCCGGAACAAAGAAGCGCUCCAGGGCAGCUUUCUCUCACGCACAGGUCUACGAACUGGAGCGUCGCUUCAACGUGCAGCGCUAUCUCUCAGGUCCCGAACGGGCCGAUCUUGCAGGAGCCCUGAAACUCACGGAGACCCAGGUUAAGAUCUGGUUCCAGAACCGGAGAUAUAAAACCAAACGGCGCCAGAUGGCGGCCGAGUUGCCGGCGUUCAGUUCGCCGAGGAAAGUAGCAGUCAAAGUGCUGGUAAGAGACAAUCAAAAGCAGUACCAUCCUGCGAAUGGAGUACACAUCCCUAUGACUGUGCCACUGUACCAGGCCUCGCCCUACCUGCACUACUACUGCCAUCCGUGGAUCAGUAAGUAGUGUGGAGUACGGAUGCUCUGAGAAGCAGUGACUUCCAACACAUGUCUGUUUUCUAGCUGUUAGUCAUCUUGUUGUUCAUUCUGUGGACAAUGCACGUCAAGACGCGUUUUUGUACGAAAAAUCAAUUCUGGAUGCAAUGAUUUCAUUACAAACUAUUUUUAAAUACUCAUUUUCAUUUAUAGUUACUGUUUGUCCUGUCACUUGAGUGUGAUCAUUAACAGUUUACAAGAAAAAACAAUAGUUUAAGGAUAAAUAAAUCUGCUGGGUUCCUAUUAGGAACUGUACACAAAUAAUAGGGGAGUUUAUAUAUUUCCUCUGUCCACUGAGGGUAGUUUGAUACAUCUGUGAAAGCAAAUAAAAGUUUUUUUUAAAUUCAAAUUAAUUAAUUCAUGUUAAUUCAUAGAAAGAGUGACUGACUGGGUGCUUCAAGAGCCCAUGUGAUGACAUAUAGGUUGUUCUUUCCUCCUCCUUAAUGACUGCCAGUGACAUUUGUAAGACAGAGCAGAAAGGAAUCCUGAAUUUAUACAAACCCGGCGAGAUAGAUAUGAGAAGCGUAACCAAGAUUCCAACAUUUUUAGUAGGUAUAUUGAUCAUAAAAUCAACAUCACAUCUGCAAUAACACACUCUUUAUGUAACUUUCUGAAGAGCGUGUGUGUGUAUCUGGAUGUUUUCAUUCAUCAAGCAGCACAUUAAGACAUUUGAAUGGUCAUGUAGGCUUUUUUUUGUGUGUGUGUUAAUUUGAUGCUGACAGCAGCAAACUGAGUUGACUGAUUUUAGUAUUUCACAAAACUGUCAAGUGAAUAUUUAAAAAAACAAAUGCAUGCUUACUAUGUGAGUAAAGAGUCCUGCAUAGACCUACUCUCUGUGGUGUGCUGCAUGAGUCAGAGGAGACCAAUAGACCGUGAAGAUGUUACACCAUCCACCUGGCCUGCACAAGACAGCACACAUUAAUCUUGCUGAAACACCCUCAUCCCAAAGAAAUACACAUAACAGCCACACUUGAUAGCAAAAUAAAAACAUCAUUCUUAACACAAGGUGGUUUUGGCAUAGUUCUUAACUGAUUGUGCCAGAAGUGGCAUAAACCUGCAGGCUGCCUGAGAGCCUGCAGAACACACAGUGCGCCCUGACUGAAGUACCACAGAUAAACAGAUUGUGCAACAUGUUCAGUGAUAUCACUUUAAUAAUAUGAUGUCUUCAUGUGCAAAAUAUUUGCCAGUGUUUUCCUGGAGUAAUGCAGUGUCCUAUCUAUAUAAGCCUGGCAAAUAAAAUAUUAUUGCAGUGUUAAAGAGGCAGCAACAUCAAAGAAAUGUGAUCUAGAACAGGGACUUCAAUGUUCCUUUCCAAAAACAAGAUGCCUUGGCAGUCAGGAUCACCUUGUGCCAUCAC